AUGCAGGUCUGGGUUCUCCAUAACAACCUGAGCGGCUCCAUACCAGCUGCCGUGAGCAGGCUCCAAUCUGUGGCUUUCCUCAACUUGGGCUACAACAGCCUGACCGGCUCAAUUCCCGAUGCCAUCACCACACUCACAAAAAUAGCUAGCCUAACUAUCCAUGACAACGACUUGAGUGGACCCAUACCACCAGGACUGGGAAACCUUCUUAAAUGUGAAAUGCUGUUUCUUCAUGGCAACAACUUAACGGGCCCAAUUCCCGACUCCCUUACCAAUCUCACUGCCCUCGGUGCCUUAACUGGAUUUGAAAACAAGCUGACUGGCUCAAUUCCAGAAACGAUCAGCAACCUUCAGAAGUUGGCCACCUUGAACUUUCGUGAGAAUGAAUUGACCGGAGCUAUCCCAUCAACGAUUGGACAGCUGAGCAACCUGACACAAAUAGGCCUUGGUGACAACAGUCUGAGUGGACCAAUUCCUGACUCCAUUUCCCAGCUUUCAAACCUGGUUGACCUACGUCUAGGUGGAAACGACUUGUCUGGAUCGAUACCUGCUGCAAUUGGCGACCUUACGCGUUUGACAGCUCUAGACCUCUCCAACAACAUCCUCACAGGCAGCAUCCCGGAGCUCAUCAACAACCUCGUCCAGCUUUCUUCCUUGAACCUGAAUGGAAGUGGUCUCACCUGCCCUGCUGACUACUCUCCAUGUCUGGCGGCGCAGCAGCAACCUCAAAGCAUCUUCUGCCGCCAGUGCUCCUCCUUCUGCGCCACCUGCGGCAAGCCAGCACCUC